GGGGAGUCGGCUAUAUUCGCUUCCAUGGUCUGCUGGAUAUGUCGAAUCAAUCGGAAAGGCCAUGGACCGAGGAGGAGAAGUACACCCUGCUUACCGAAAUCCUGAAGAAGGCGGGAAUCCCUUCUGGUCAUCUAGUCAAGAUUAUCAAGGAUUUUCGUAUUAACCCGAGUUGGACGGAAAUUCCCCUCCCGCAAGGCCGUCCCUUGAGCUCAUGUCAGGCGGCAUUUUGGACCAUGUGGCAUCAUCACCCACAACCGCCAAUGCCAAUGCAGACAGUGCCUAUAUCAUUGCCGCCGCCACGCCAUGAACCAUCUGUACCGCCAGCCCCGCCUGUGGAGAGCAGGAAACGGCCGCAUUAUCCAGACAAGCCAAUUCUAGCACCACGUGCAAUUCAACCGCGGCCAAGUACGGCUUCAUACAGUAGUGAAAGUGGUGCUUCCGCCCAUCUAUCUCCUGGCUUGGAGAGCGUUACCUCCAGAGGCGAGCGACCACGAAAACGAGGCCGACCAAGUAAGGCGGAAACUGAACGACGCAAAGCAGUAGCGGAGGCUCGAGGAGAAAUGUAUCCCCCACCCCGGAGACCUGGUGCGAAACCGAAAAUUCCAUCUGCCCCUACCAGCCCCGUUGCAGUCGAGUCCAGGGGUGUUUCGUUCUCUCCCCGGACUAGUGUGCAGAUUCCGGAAGCAUCGAGGCAUGAUCCGCGAUAUGUGCCGCCACCACCCGGACGAGCAAUAGCAUCCCUACCGCUCAGUGGUGAGGACCGUUCGAGAGAGAUACCUGAUCGUGAGAGUGGACCGAUAUUCAGAGAGUUACCACGGCCAACACAGACGCUGCCUUCGCCACAGGCGCUACACUUAGGUCCCAGAGAACCUAUUCCACGAAUAGACCUUGGGGAUCGACGAUUUGAACCUCUUCCACCUGACAGGGCUCCCCUCACAAUGAAUCGCCCACGAGCUAUGACCGACCAUCCCAGGCGGCCGGACCAGCCCCCCAUUUCUAUGCCAGAGGCAACUAUGAGCACUCCGAUUGAGAAGCGACCGGGGUGACUUCGAAACAUGUGUCAAGCCGAUACAUGACGUCUACUGUUACUGUUGAGGAUUACCGAGACGCAUGACGAAUGACACUCACCAUCGAUGAUGAAUGAUAGAUAGCGUUGAUUAAACCGAUCCCUGGGCUACGAGACGAGGCAGAUCACUAAAAUGUGCGAUCUCCUCAUACCCAUUCUCAAUUUUUUUUUUUUACCUUCUCUUUACAUUUCAACGGGAUCGAUCGAUUGCUUGGCGACAUCCUCUUACGACGAAG